GAAUCUAAAAAGAAUUAUUAUUAUUUUUUUUUGGCGAUAUUUAGUCGGAAUUUUUCGAACUACCGUCGACGUCUCGUACGUCGCGAUACAAAAUGGAAGAGGAGAGUGCGGAGAGGUAGUUGUUUUUUCAGUCGAUCGGCCAGACGUGGAUAAUAUAAAGCGUGUCGGCGAUUAUCUGUGCCAUUUAUAAAAGAACAUUUGACUGGUAAAGAUGAAAACGGGUUUCGUUCGCGUGGAGCUGAACAGAACAAUUUGGGAGGUGCCCGAAAGAUAUCAAAACUUAUCACCAGUCGGCUCCGGUGCCUACGGACAAGUUUGUUCUGCGAUCGAUACCGUCACAAGUCAGAAGGUCGCAAUCAAAAAGCUCGCCAGACCGUUCCAGUCGGCAAUUCACGCAAAGAGAACUUACAGAGAACUGAGGUUAUUGAAGCACAUGAAUCAUGAAAAUGUUAUUGGAUUAUUGAAUGUAUUCACUCCUUCAACAAAUAUUGAAGAUUUCCAAGAUGUUUAUUUAGUUACUCAUUUAAUGGGAGCAGACUUAAACAACAUUAUCAGAACUCAGAGAUUAAGUGACGAUCAUGUUCAGUUUUUAGUUUAUCAAAUUUUACGUGGUCUUAAGUACAUUCAUUCAGCUGCAAUAAUACAUAGGGAUUUAAAGCCAAGUAAUAUAGCUGUAAAUGAAGACUGUGAAUUGAAGAUACUAGAUUUUGGUUUAGCAAGACAUGCAGAGAUUGAAAUGACUGGUUAUGUAGCAACUAGGUGGUACAGAGCUCCGGAAAUUAUGUUAAAUUGGCAACACUAUAAUCAUACAGUGGACAUUUGGUCUGUAGGAUGUAUAAUGGCAGAGCUUCUAACUUCUAGAACGCUAUUUCCCGGAACUGAUCACAUUGAUCAGUUAUUGCAGAUCAUGUCGCUUGUUGGGACACCGGACGAUUCUUUAUUGGAAAAAAUUAUGAGUGAAGAGGCAAGAAAUUACAUAAGGUCUUUACCAGUAAUUCAAAAGAAGGAUUUCAAGGAAGUUUUUAAAGGUGCAAAUGCAGAUGCAAUUGAUCUCUUGGAAAAGAUGCUGGAGUUGGAUGCUGACAGAAGGCCGACUGCAACGGAAGCUCUGGCGCACGCAUACUUGGUACAGUAUGCUGACCCCAAUGACGAACCGGUAGCAGAACCUUAUGACCAGUCGUUUGAAGACCGAGAUCUUUCGGUUGCCGAAUGGAAACAACUCGUGUACGAAGAAGUCAUGACAUUUCGUCCGCGGGACGAAGCGUAGUUCACUCCACCGGACAUCAAAAGAAUCGGACUCUGCGAUCAUCUAUUCCGUCUCAUUGUUAUAUAUCGCAACAUUACGUUUAGAAUCCGUGACUAUCGGUUCGUCAGCAUUUCGCCAAUUUAUAAUUUCAGCAUUUCAACAAUUAAGGUACGUUUUCGUUCCGGCCAAGAAGGAAAUUUGCGAUUUUGAAUUGUUGAAAUAUUUAAUUUGUGAGAAAAAAUUUCAUCCUUUGUAAAUGCAUGUAGAAAUGUUAUAAUUAGGAAUCAUCAUUUAUUAUCCGUUGUCCGAAAAUCAAUAGUUUUUAGCACAGAUGUUAAUUUGCACAAACCAAUGAUUUGUAUAUACUUUCAUAUACUCUUCAAUUUUUAUGCAAUAAUGAUUAGAAAUGCCAAAUCCGAUACAAAAGCCUAAACAGUUGUCGUUAAAUUGUUGUUACCGUUUGGAAGGAAAUUGCGGUAAAUAUGAUACAUUCACAUAAAUAUAGAAACAGAUAAAAUUGACUCACUGGUGAUAUUAGUUUUAUUAUUUGGGACUAAUUUUUUCGAUUUAGAAUUUUCCGAUACUCUUGUAGAUUAGAUAUGAAAAUAUUUUAAUGGAAAACAAAGGUGCACAAAUUUAUUUUGCCAUGUUUCUCAAAGUAGUUGAAUAUUUGUAAAGCAUAGCAUUUUCAAACAAACAGCAUAAUGUUGAUUUUGAAGAACUUUUUAAUUGAUUCUAUUGUUAUGAGAAAAGAAGAGACUAUUUUUCUACGAGCUUUGUUUCUCUCUCUCUCUCUCUUCUAAAUGAGACUAAAUUGUCUUUGGUCUCCACAAUGCAAUUUUAUUAUUUUUAUUAUGUCUCGUUUAGCGUAUUUUGCCAUUUAAAAUGUUUACAAAAUUAUAAAAACUCAACAAGGAUGUUUUUAUCGUAGAAGUCCAAUGUAAAGCCAACGACCGAGAGUUUUUAGCCAAUUUGCCGUCGCAAAAGAAUUGUUUAAUAAGAAAUUCAAAUUUUCUAGAUUUGUCGGAUGCAAUUUGUUAAGUUUGUAAUCGAAGCGUGGACCUUCCGUAAGAGAUUGUUAAUGUAAUUUUUGAAGAUUCUCUAAGAGCAAACUUUUUGAUCUCAUUUGCUUAAAGCAACUCUGUAGUUGUUGAAUGAAAAAAUAGUAUUAAACUUGAUCAUUUUCAA